CCUUUCAGCUGUGAUUUGUGCUUUCGGACGCGCGCACAAAAAUGCAGUAAUUACUAAAUCUGGUAUAUCCCGAACUAAACCUCCUUCGCCCUCUCGCUCGAGCUGUGAAGUGUUUAAUAUAAGUUCGUGGCAGUCAAAGUUAGUUUUCCCGGAGCGCUCCUGCAGUCGGUGUCUGUGCGCGCACACUGAUCCGGCGCGCGCUGAACGCUCCUUCUCCGUCCUGUCAAUGAAGCUCUCCACGAGCAGAUCCGCGUGUUUAUUUAAUCCACGUUCCCCGCAGUUAGUGCUCGCGCGUCCUGGCUCGGAUCGCUGAAGCCGCGCGCCGGAAGGACACUUGGAGAGACUUUGCUCGCGAUCUGCGCGUCCGCUUCAGCUCGUGGCACAAUGUUGCUCUGAUCCACAGGGGCUUUUUCAUGCAGUUGGGUCUCGCUCGUGCCGUGGGUCCGUGCGUGUGCGCGCGCACGUGUAGCUCAGACACGCUCCUCCCGAUCGGGUGUUUUCUCAUCGCGACCCGUUUCCAUGUUUUUAGGUUUAUGUGAUAUUUCUAAAAAUGCAUCAUCAUCAUCACCAGAGAAGGUCCGCGUUAGGGACGGAUAAAGAGCUGAGUGAUCUGCUGGAUUUCAGCGCGAUGCGAAACAGCGAUUUGAAAAUGUUCCCCACAUCAAUGAUGUUUUCUCCUCCUGUCAGCAGCGGGAAGAACGGACCGACGUCUCUGGGAAGCGGACAUUUCUCCGGCUCAAGUAUGUCGAAUGCAACCCAACCUUGUGUUUUUGCCAGGGGUCGUUUUGUGCAACGGCCCGCUGGGUAAUUAUAAGCUUGGUUUAAAAAUGCAAUGUGUGUGUGUGUGUGAGUGUGAGGAUGCUCUUUUAAAACACGACCUGCUAACUUCAGGUGUGUGUGUGUGUGUGUGUGUGUGUGUGUGUGACAUGCACAGUUCACAGGCUGUGGGAAUUUUGCGUUGUGAUGUGAGUUUGAUUGUUGUGGCAGAUGUUAGCGUUCGGCUUGUUUUCCGCACAAACACACUCGUGCAUAAUCUGUGCAAUAUGGACGCCGCACCUGCAGGCUCUCCUACGUGGAGAUUUGUAUUCUCAAAGUGUGCUUUUUUAAUAAAACGUGACAUUUUAUUGCAUUGCGGGUUGUAAUGUGAUUUGCUUUGGAGCAACACUUGGGUUGCACGCGAGAGCUGAUUGUAAUUCCUCCUCUGAUGAAUGUUUCCUGCGGUGAAGGCUGCAAAUAAAUAAAUCAGUACAGCCACAAACAACUAACGACCUUGACCCUGGAGGUGCGUUCAGGAAGUUACCCGCUCCGUGCAUGCUUUUGGAGCAUGCAUUUGUGUUCAGAUGCAUUGCAGUCGUGAUCCCAAUGCUCCAGAUGGAGGGCAGAGACAGCGGUCUGUAGUCGAGGCCUUCGGGUUUUCAAUGCAUGCUAUUGUUUCUUCAGACUUGAGUGUUGUUUAGGGUUUGAGCAUUUGCAUGCCGUCCCCCUUCCCCCUUCCUUUGCCCCUCGGUUCCUGUGCUUUUCCCUGAAUUGUGUCGCAGUUUUGUGCUGUUGGAAAGUCGGGCAGGAGGAUGGAGGGGGGUCUGCAAACUACAGCUAGUCUGUUGCCAUGCAACUUAUCUUGGAAGUACUGGGAAAAAUGUGAAUCGUUGAGAAAAGUGAAGGGUGGGAGACGGCAUAUUAAAUAAAUAACACACACGUGUGGGCACGCUGCUAUAUUAGCGUAUUAUGUAUCCGUUUUAAGCCUGUGUCUCGUGCCAGUCUUGGUGUUUUAGCGCGGUGUACAUUUGUUCUGCUAACAACCGUAGCUUAUUAAACCAUGUUGAAAAGU